CCGAGUACCGUAUCUAAGUCACGAAGACGACGUCUUUCUUCUCCUUUUCUACGGUAGAGGUGCCAGUCGUGUUAGGAUCUUUGAUUUCGUUCGGUUGGUAUCUUGGGCAACCAUUCUAUUCCAGAACCUCACUUUCAUCCAUCUCAAGGACUUCCGAGGCAGACAGCUUUGGAAUCACAAAUAGCAUCAUGGCUAUCAACGUUGCCGUAGAGAUUGGCAAGCGCCUGUUUAUCUGGGGCGUCCUGGCCAUGGUGGCUCUCCCUCGUCAACACAUAGAUCGCACAGCUUGGUCGAUAGGAGGAGGAUUGUCGCAUUCCUUUCGAAAACUACUGGCGGCUUCUGUAGCAUUGAAUCUGUGCAGACUGUUGGCCAAGCUCUAUGGACACGCCCGAUUGUUGGCUGAUCUGUUGGGUAUUCUCCAAGCGGUCAGUCUCAGUUUUUUAUGUUUCUUGACUCCCUAUGUGCUGCAAACUUGGAUGGUGUCACAGAUCAACAUUGGAGGAAGACCAGGUUCCAACUUGCUACCUGCUCUUUAUGGAAAUGGAGUUCUCUCCAUUUUGGGUGUUGUGCUUUGCCGUCUGGUUCAUCCCAAUCUGUGGUGUAUCAAGCGACUUGGAAACAUCAUCAGCGCGCCGCCAGUGUUGAGCACCAUGGCCAUGUACAACUCGGUCACAUCGGUGGGUGGGCAUCAUCGCGGAAGAGGAACAAUCAUGGCACAGACAAUUGUAGUCGCAGAGUAUUGGUACAUCAUCACGCAGUCACUCUGCUUCCUGGGACUUGCCCUGGACAAGCACAGUGGAGAGGACGACUACAGCAGCUGGGAUUACUGUCUCAAGGCCUUUCGAAACAUUGCAUUUGUUUCAGAUUGGACGCGAGUUUGUGUUCAUGGCAUAUUCAUCAAUCUACUGGACGAGCUCUAUCUAUCAUCGGCUCCUUCGAAUUCUACAGAACGAGACAGUUCGCCGGGGACCCAUGACCUUUCUGAAGAAGAAAGUGACAUCAUGGUUUCUACAAAAGGGGCAAAAAGCCCUCGCCCCAAACCUCAUAAUGGACAAGACGAAGGCUAUGGCGUUUUAUCACCGGUGGCGUCAUUGUCUCGCAGAGUUGUUGGUGGGAGCGCUUUCGAUGUGGAAAUUGACUAAAAG